ACGGCACGGCGGAGCAGCGGCGGCGGGGCUGGGGGGAGGCCGCUGAGGCGGUCGCGGCCGAGGAGGGGCAGGCAGAGGCCGGGGGCACCGCGGGGUCAGGCUCCCCGGCGGGCGGCGCAGGUGGCGGCCGCGGGGGCUGGCGGCGGCUCCUCGCCUGGCUGCUGCGGCGGCAGCUCCAGUGCUGCCCCUGUGCGGCGCCCCUUCCCCGCUCCGCCGCGCGCUGUUGUCAUGGAGGAACCAAGAUGGCGGCUCUGGCCUACAACCUGGGCAAGCGGGAGAUCAACCACUACUUCAGCGUGAGGAGCGCCAAGGUGCUGGCGCUGGUGGCCGUGCUGCUGCUCGCACUGUGCCACCUCGCCUCCCGCCGCUACCGAGGAAAUGAUUCAUGUGAAUACCUUCUCUCAAGUGGCAGAUUUCUUGGAGAGAAAGUUUGGCAACCUCACAGCUGUAUGAUGCAUAAGUACAAAAUCAGUGAAGCGAAGAACUGCCUUGUAGAUAAACAUAUUGCAUUUAUUGGAGAUUCCAGAAUUCGUCAAUUGUUUUAUUCUUUUGUAAAAAUAAUUAAUCCCCAAUUUAAAGAAGAAGGAAAUAAGCAUGAAAACAUUCCUUUUGAAGACAAGACUGCAUCAGUUAAAGUGGAUUUUCUGUGGCAUCCAGAGGUUAAUGGUUCUAUGAAACAGUGUAUCAAAGUGUGGACUGAGGAUUCUGUUGCAAAGCCCCAUGUGGUUGUAGCAGGAGCUGCCACAUGGUCUAUUAAAAUUCACAAUGGCAGCAACGAAGCACUUUCCCAAUAUAAAAUGAACAUUACCUCCAUAGCACCACUUUUAGAAAAAUUGGCAAAGACUAGUGAUGUUUAUUGGGUCUUACAAGAUCCUGUUUAUGAAGAUCUAUUAAGUGAAAAUAGGAAAAUGAUCACUAAUGAGAAGAUAGAUGCCUACAAUGAAGCUGCAAUCAGUAUUUUGAAUAGCAGCACCAGAAAUUCUAAAUCGAAUGUUAAGAUGUUCAGUGUUUCCAAAUUAAUUGCUCAAGAAACCAUCAUGGAAUCUUUGGAUGGCUUACAUCUUCCUGAAUCAAGCAGAGAAACUAGUGCAAUGAUUCUUAUGAACGUGUAUUGCAAUAAGAUUUUGAAGCCUGUAGAUGGUUCCUGUUGUCAACCCCGGCCUCCUCUUACUCUCCUACAGAAGCUAGCUGCUUGUUUUUUCACUUUAUCUAUUAUUGGAUAUUUAAUUUUUUAUAUAAUUCAUCGUAAUGCUCAUCGGAAGAAUAAGCCUUGUACUGAUUUGGAAAGUGGAGAAGAAAAGAAAAAUAUUAUCAAUCCCCCAGUGUCUCCAUUAGGAAUACUUUUACAGUCUUUCUGCAAACUUGGCCUGAUCAUGGCUUAUUUCUAUAUAUGUGACCGUGCAAAUCUAUUUAUGAAGGAAAACAAAUUUUAUACACAUUCAACUUUCUUUAUUCCAAUUAUCUACAUCUUGGUUUUGGGAGUAUUUUACAAUGAAAAUACUAAGGAGACUAAAGUGUUAAAUAGAGAACAAACAGAUGAAUGGAAAGGCUGGAUGCAACUUGUGAUUUUGAUUUAUCAUAUCUCUGGAGCAAGUACAUUUUUGCCUGUGUACAUGCACAUUCGGGUUCUGGUUGCUGCGUAUCUAUUUCAGACAGGGUAUGGGCAUUUCUCAUACUUUUGGAUCAAAGGAGACUUUGGAAUCCAUAGAGUAUGUCAGGUCUUAUUUCGUCUCAAUUUCCUGGUAGUGGUGUUAUGUAUAGUAAUGGAUCGGCCUUAUCAAUUCUAUUACUUUGUCCCCUUGGUCACUGUAUGGUUCAUGGUCAUAUAUGUUACUUUAGCACUGUGGCCACAGAUAAUCCAAAAAAAAGCAAACGGAAAUUGUUUCUGGCAUUUUGGCUUACUGUUGAAACUAGCCUUCUUGCUGUUAUGUAUAUGUUUUUUGGCAUAUUCUCAGGGUGCAUUUGAGAAGAUCUUUUCUCUUUGGCCAUUGUCCAAGUGUUUCGAACUGAAAGGCAAUGUAUAUGAAUGGUGGUUCAGAUGGAGGUUAGACCGUUACGUAGUCUUUCAUGGAAUGUUAUUUGCUUUCAUUUAUCUGGCUUUACAGAAGCGCCAAGUACUCUCUGAAGGAAAGGGUGAACCUCUUUUUUCAAACAAAGUUUCAAAUUUUCUAUUAUUUAUUUCAGUAGUUUCUUUCUUGACCUAUUCCAUCUGGGCUAGCAGUUGUAAAAACAAAGCAGAGUGCAAUGAACUCCACCCAUCUGUUUCUGUGGUACAGAUUUUAGCCUUCAUCCUAAUAAGGAAUAUCCCUGGAUAUGCCCGUUCAGUUUACAGUUCAUUUUUUGCUUGGUUUGGAAAAAUUUCAUUAGAGCUAUUUAUUUGCCAGUAUCACAUAUGGCUGGCAGCAGACACAAGGGGUAUCUUGGUACUCAUACCUGGAAACCCUAUGCUCAACAUCAUUGUCAGCACUUUCAUAUUUGUUUGUGUGGCACAUGAAAUUUCUCAGAUCACUAAUGAUCUUGCACAGAUUAUUAUUCCUAAAGAUAACUCAUCUCUGUUGAAAAGAUUGGCAUGUAUAGCUGCAUUUUUUUGUGGACUCCUCAUCUUAUCAUCUGUUCAAGAUAAAUCAAGACAUUAGGAUACUAAAACCUUAAACUCUUCAGAUUAACUUUGUGUCUACCUGCAGGAGAACAGCAUCUAUCUGAAGAUACAAAUGUAUAUGUAAAUAAAAAUUUGUGUGACAAGAAGAUAGCUCAGUGACGUCUGUUGAACAUGUGUGGUUGUAUAUUUUGGAAAUGUACAUAUACGAUGUGAAAUACUGAAGAAAAUUGAUGAAGCAGAGUGCAUUGUAUAGGACUGCAUGUGAAAAGUCUUUUCUACUGGAUCUGUAUUUCCUUUUAUAAGUGAUUUUAAGUUAACAUAUGAAGGCAGGGAAAUAAUUACCUUUCCAGUAAAAAAUACAGAUAAUUAGCUUAGUGACACCACUGAGUGUUUUGAUAUUUACUAAAUUUGUGGUAAUAAAAUUGUAUGCACCUAUAUUCAUCAUGGAACUUCCUAUUUCGUUGAAAACUUUCUUACUCAAGAAAGACUGCAGUAUUGUUUUCUUAUAUGUGCAAUGAUGUGGAAUGACAAACAAACAGUAUGUCUUCUGUGUUCAUGUUCUGAUUGUUAUGUUUCCUGACAUGAGUUUUCUUCCUAACUAUGGUUUUCAGGUAUAUAAGCCUAAAAUCUUUGUACACUUUGUCUCAAAGUUGUUCUAGGCUCCAUGACAGGGUUUUGUCAUUGAUACUGUUGUAGCUUUUUAUAAAAAGGCCAAAUUUUCUUUCUAGUCCAAACAUUCACCUGUUUUCUUUCUUUAAGCUAUACCAGUGUAAUACCAGUUACCCUGUGGAUCCAUUGAAUAUGCUUUCCCCCAUCUAAUUAAUUUUGUAUAUUAUUUCCAAUGUUUGGAAGCUCUUUAUAACCAUUUUGGUAUUUCCUAUUACUCCCUCCUAUUUUUAAAAAAAUAUUUAUCAAUCUAAACUUGUGCAGUGUAGUAAAGAUUCAAGUUAUGUUUGAGAUGUAUAACCAUAAGUAGAAUUUUAAGUAAACCGGUGACCUUGGGCAGUGUAUGUUUUUGGUUUUGUUACAAGCUAAUUGUUAGAGGUAUAAAUUUAUUUAUCUGUUGUACAGAUUUGAUUAUAAAUUUUAAUGUUUGAAAGAUUGCACUUGUUUGCUGUUACUGUGUAUGGGGUAAAAUAUUUUUUGUUCAUGGUAUAUGAAAAUAUGGAGUAAUUUAAACAGUAAAUAAACAUUCUGUGGAUGCUUAUUUUUGUAUUGUAAAGUAUCAAUUAAACUAUGUUUUUUUUUUAAAGCUGGAUCCAUUAAUGAUUGGUUCAAAUGUCUAAUUCAUUUCCUCAGCUUAAAUUUACUUUUUCAAUCUCUUAGCGUAUAUGGGUAAGUCACUGUGAUAGUUAAAGAAUAAUUUAGUUGUCAGUGCUUCAGAGGAUAAUCUGCCUUUCUGCCCAUGAGUUAAAACAUUGUUUUAUUAGUAAUGUUACUUAAAGAUUCGUUAAAUUUAUUUCUUUAGCACUGGAUUUAUGUGCUAGUGAUACAUUUCCAUUAGUUGAGGAAUAUUUCUCAAACAGAUGUGUGGUCUUUCUUUUUCCUCUCUUCUUCUGCCCUUACUUAAUCUUUUGACAUUUCCCAGAUAGACAAUUGUAAUGAUUCAUUGCUCUGCCUCCUAGACUGCAGGCUUAUAAGUAGAGAAUAGUAUAGUUAUAAAUCAAAAACUUCCAAGUACUGUGAUCACAUUAUUCUUGCUGGUGUGGCUUGCCAAUGAGUAGAGUGCAUUUUAAUUUAGCUUGUAAGUUUUAUCAUCUGAGAAAGAUUCCUCCUGAUGAAACAAUUGAAAAAGAAAGAUGACCAUUAUUUGUGUUAUAGAAGUACUUAUGUCUUCUAAUAGUGAUAGCCAAGUGAAAAGUUUUUUCCUGGAACUGGUAAGCCCUAUUUCUUUAUCACGUGUUCUCAUUUAAUUUAUAUGUAUAAAAUAAAACAGUGGCACAUAAAAAUUAAAAUAUGCAUUUGUCAUUAAAAUACA